UCUAAUACGUCUUCGAGAAAGGAUCACAACCUGUCGACCUGGGCAAACUCUCCUCUCUACGUGGCGUCGCGUCUUUCUCUUUCUCCUCCUGAGUGAAUUGGCUCUGUUGCAGGCCGUUAAUUGCCUGUCUCUAGAACAUCAUGAGCUCCUUGAGCUUGCGGAGCCUGGCUCCGGCGUCAAAGGUCUCGAGAGCUCUCAGAGAUCAGCGACGGCUUUUCUCUUCCACACGUCCCGCUGCCCGGAUAUAUGGCUCUCAACCGCUUCGAGCAAAGGAGGCCAAUGGACACAUCGCGCAAAAGUAUCCCAUUAUUGACCAUGAGUACGAUGCGGUGGUAGUCGGUGCUGGAGGUGCUGGUUUGCGUGCGGCAUUCGGUUUGGCAGAGGCCGGCUUCAACACUGCCUGUGUCUCCAAAUUGUUUCCCACGCGAAGCCAUACUGUCGCCGCCCAAGGUGGAAUCAAUGCCGCUCUUGGAAAUAUGCACAAGGACGACUGGAGAUGGCAUAUGUACGAUACUGUAAAGGGAUCGGAUUGGUUGGGUGACCAGGACGCCAUUCACUACAUGACAAGAGAAGCCCCGGCCAGUGUUCGUGAGUUGGAAGGCUACGGUUGCCCUUUCUCGCGUACCGAAGACGGACGUAUUUAUCAGCGCGCUUUCGGUGGUCAAUCGCAAGACUACGGCAAGGGUGGCCAGGCCUACCGAUGCUGUGCCGCUGCUGACCGUACAGGACACGCUCUUCUGCACACCUUGUACGGCCAGUCAUUAAGACACAACACCAACUACUUCAUUGAGUAUUUCGCUUUGGAUCUUCUGAUGGAGGAUGGUGAAUGCCGUGGAAUUAUCGCCUAUAACCAGGAAGAUGGUACUCUUCACCGUUUCAAGGCUCACCAUACAGUUCUCGCAACUGGUGGUUAUGGCCGUGCCUACUUCAGCUGCACUUCCGCCCACACCUGCACUGGUGACGGGAUGGCUAUGGUUGCUCGUGCUGGUCUUCCCAACCAGGAUCUUGAAUUCGUUCAGUUCCACCCUACUGGUAUCUACGGUGCUGGCUGUCUUAUUACCGAGGGUUCCCGUGGUGAGGGUGGUUAUCUCCUUAACUCGGAGGGUGAGCGUUUCAUGGAACGUUACGCUCCAACCGCCAAGGAUCUUGCCUCCCGUGAUGUCGUUUCGCGAUCCAUGACACUGGAAAUCCGUGAGGGCCGCGGUGUUGGUCCCGAAAAGGACCACAUCUAUCUGCAAUUGAGCCACUUGCCAGCCGAACUUUUGCAUGAGCGUCUACCUGGUAUUUCCGAGACCGCCUCCAUUUUCGCCGGUGUCGACGUCACCAAGGAGCCUAUUCCUGUGCUUCCAACCGUCCACUACAACAUGGGUGGUAUUCCUACACGCUAUACUGGUGAGGUCGUGACCUUGGAUGAGAAGGGUAACGACAAGGUUGUACCUGGUUUGUACGCUUGUGGUGAAGCCGCUUGCGUCUCAGUCCACGGCGCAAACCGUCUGGGCGCAAACUCCCUCCUGGAUUUGAUUGUUUUCGGUCGUGCUGUCUCUCACCGUGUUCGUGAUAUUUCUUCUCCUGGAAAGGCUCACAAACCUCUCAGCUCUGAUGCUGGUGCUCAAUCGAUUGCCGAUCUCGACGCUAUUCGUACUGCAGAUGGUCCUAAGUCUACCUUCGACAUUAGGAAUGCCAUGCAGAAGACUAUGCAGACGGAUGUUAGCGUUUUCCGUACACAAGAAAGCUUGGACGAAGGUGUCCAAAAGAUCAAGGAGGUCGACGCCAUGUUCUCCCAGGUUGGAACCAAGGAUCGUAGCAUGAUUUGGAACUCUGAUCUUGUUGAGACCUUUGAAUUGAAGAACCUUUUGACUUGCGCUACCCAAACCGCCCACGCUGCUGCUAACCGAAAGGAAUCUCGUGGUGCCCAUGCCCGUGAAGACUAUCCUGACCGUGACGACGAGAACUGGAUGAAGCACACUUUGACCUUCCAAAAGACGCCACAUGGUGCAGUUGAUCUCACAUACCGUUCCGUCCAAGACCACACUCUCGAUGAGAAGGAGUGCAAACCCGUGCCACCAUUCAAACGUGUAUACUAAAAAAUGGCAUCCAGCCUUUUCGCCCUGUCCCGAGUCUACCAAGCGUCCAUAUUUACCGCGAUAUACUUUUGGAAAUGGGGUUAUCAGAUGGGGUGAUUGAAUAUGACUUAGAUUUCAGGGCUCAAUGUUGACCAGUGUAUAUGCAACUUGUGAACCUGGAACAAGCAAUUAUUUUAUUUUAGCUAGGCUUUCUUAUACAAGUUGAAUUUUUCUUUGUUCGAAUCUGGCUGACAUAGUUUUAAUGAAUGUGCCCACUGUAGCUCGUUUGCCAAUGGUGUUUUGGUUUCUUGCCAUCAACAAAUACUCGAACUUGUUCCACCCUUGACACCCGCCUACCUUCAAACACACUUUUUCUGUCUUAGAACACUCUGCACUUCCUCCCUGCAUUGAUUUGAUGUCCCAAAACAAUCGAUUGUCCUAUCUGAACUGACUCUGUAGUCCAACGUGGAAAAUCCUUCGACA